AUGGACCAAGUUAUCAAGGAUGCCAAGGAUCGGGAUGAGGCUCGCAUGCGUGAGAUCAAGAAGCUUCGCGACAAGUCGGAGAACGAGUUGAAGAACUUGAGGGAGAAGUCAGACACAUCUUCGAAGGACGCAGAGGCGCUGCGCCAGCGCCAGCUGGAAGAGGCCUCAAUGGAGCUGAAGGAACUCCACAGCGAGACAGCCCAGCAGAAGGAGGCAAAACUUGCAGGUGUGUAA